CUCAAGAGUAACAGCAAAAAUUAGGGUGGUCUAAACUUUUAGUAUUUAUAUAUAGUGAGCAAGUGAAGAAAGGGACAGGCCAACCAACUAUUCCGAACACCUUGGCAACAGCUAGAGUGUACAUAUAUACUGUGGAAAUAGCCUUUAUUAGAGAAUUACAUUUCACACGACCACAGAAAACUAUAUGUUUAACUUUCCAGAGUUCCAGAAGUUUCUGGAUGAACUUUGUCUGAAACACGGAGUGGAGUGUAGGCACCCCAGGACCUCAGCCAGACUACUGGACAAGUUGGUAGGGGACUUCAUCGAGGUCCAGUGCAUCAACCCCUCCUUCAUAAUGGACCAUCCCGAGAUCAUGAGUCCUCUGUCAAAGUGGCACCGCUCCAUCCCCGGCCUCACAGAGCGCUUCGAGCUCUUCGCCUGUCAGAAGGAGAUCGUCAAUGCCUACACGGAGCUAAACGACCCGGUGGUGCAGAGGGAGAGGUUUGCACAGCAGACGCAGGAGAAAGCCAAAGGAGACGAUGAGGCUCAACCAGUGGACGAGAACUUCUGCACAGCUCUGGAGUACGGACUCCCUCCGACUGGUGGGUGGGGCCUUGGUAUUGAUCGUCUCACUAUGUUUCUCACCGACUCGGCCAACAUAAAGGAGGUGCUGUUCUUCCCAGCCAUGAAGCCAGAUGAUGGAUCCAGCAAGCCAGACAGUGCGGCUGCUGCAGCUGUCCCCCAACCUCCUCCCUGUAAAGACUAGACUGACUGCUUCAUCCUGAAUAAGAUUGGUCUCAAUCUAGUGUCUUUAAAUUAGUGUGUGAGUCCUUAAUUUAUGAUGUUGGUGAUGACUUUUACAAGAGCUGUCUGCGUGUGUGAGCAUGCGCUCCUGAACGUUUUGCGUAG